AUGCACACGUACAUUCCUAAUCUCCAUAGACUAAGUCGUCUCCUCUCUUCUUCCUCCGCCUCUCCCACCCUAUGCCUCCAGCGCCUCCUCUCUGUCGCCGCGCCCGCCGCCUCCCCCAGCUCCGGCUUCGCGGUGGAGGAGUACCUCGUCGCCGCCUGCGGCCUCACCCGAGCGCAAGCACUCAAGGCCUCCGCGAAGCUCUCCCACCUCAAGUCCCCCGCCAAUCCCGACGCCGUCCUCGCCUUCUUCGACGGCCUCGGCCUCUCCAGCGCCGACGUCGCCGCCCUCGUCGCCAAAGACCCGCGGCUCCUCUGCGCCAGUGUAGAGAGAACCCUAGCCCCCAUCGUCGUCGGGCUCAGCGGCCACGGCCUCUCACAUGCUGAGAUCGCGCGCCUCUUCUCGCUCGGCCUCUCCAUCUGCCGUUGUAGAUCCGCCAUCUCCAAUCUACCCUACUACCUGUCGCUCUUGGGCUCCACCGAGAACCUUGUCCGGUUUCUCAAGCGAAGCUACAGCCUCCUCGGAAGCAGCCUUGAGAAGGUGGUCAAGCCCAAUGUCGCGUUACUGCGCAAGUGCGGGCUACGUGAUUGCGAUAUUUCCAAGCUGUGCCUCUCUUCGCCAUGGGUGCUCAAAUCCAACACGGAGCGCGUCGUGGCGUGCGCCGAAGUUCUCGGUGUACCCCGUGGGUCUAGGAUGUUCAGGUACGUGCUGGAAGCUGUUGCAUUCCUCGGUGAGGAGAAGAUCGCCGCGAAAGUGGAUUACUUGAAGAACACCUUCAGGUGGUCGGAUGCCGAGCUGGCCGUUGCUGUUUCUAAGCUUCCAGCAAUGUUAAAGAGAUCUAAUGAUAUGCUGCAGAGUAGGUCAGAAUUUCUUAUCUUUGAGGUGGGAUUGGAACCCGCCUACAUUGCUCAUCGGCCGUCAUUGCUCUCUUAUAGCUUGGAGCGCCGGCUAAGACCCCGCUUUUAUGCUUUAAAGUUUCUCAAGAAAAAUGGAUUGCUCAAGGGUGACCGGGACUACUAUGAAGUAGUCAUGGUCACCGAGAAGGUAUACAUGGAGAAGUACAUAUCCCCUCACAAGGAAGCUGCACCACAUCUCGCUCAAGACUAUGCAAACGCUUGCAGAGGGGAAGUGCCUGCUAGAUUCAUGUUUGCAUGACCAAGAACUGUGGAGAAGCAAGCGUCACAUUGCUACAUCCUGAUGUCAUAUGGACACACAUAAUGGAUCUAAGAGAGUGAGAUCACAGAUAAGGGCAUUCUGCAAAUGCUUUCAAGUUUCAGUG